CGUGAUUUCAUCCACUCUGCAAGAAAGAAAGCAGUGUCUUUUUCCUAGAACAUUUUCGUCUAGAUGAACCAGUUGAAGCAAUAUGAGAGGGUCGAAUGGAUGCGAGGAAAGUCGGCCGCGGAGUCCUAGAUAGGGCGGCUGACAGAGCGAGGCUGCAUUCAUUUUUGCUGACGAUUUGAUAUAUGCCGAACGUCGUGCAGCGGCGCGAUUAAGUAUUUUGGUUUGCUACAAUUAUGCAGCGCGCACCUCGACAACUACCAGGAUGGUGGCUCGUGGACGGAUCACUCCUAGCUCGGCGGAUAUUGCAUGCAAAGCCGAACUCUUUCAUUUCCUCUUUCUGUCAACGCGCUCACAAUUUCCGACUGAUUUCGGAAUCGGUAUUAUGAAACUAAACUAUGAUCAAGAACUUCUAGUGUCUCAACUUCCUUUUAAUGUAUCACGAUGAAGCAGUCGAACAGCAGCUUGACCAUAGUCGAGAUGAACGUAGUUUGUCAAUUUCUGUCCCCAAAGCGACCUGCUUCCAUCUCCGUGUUUCACAGAAAAAAGUAUGAGAGACAGUAUUACAUCAAGCACUACUCAAUUGUCUACAAACCUGCAGGUCAAUGCGCGUACCGUUUUUGUGUUCGAUAACGACCCUUCUUCCCAAGAAAGCGACACUAGCACGCGAUGUUGGCGACAUGAGUUUCUUCCUGGUUGCAAAACAAGGUCUGCGGCAGACCGUCUUGGCAGCCGCAGCUUGCAGGGAAAGUACGUAGAGGGAAUGGAGCUGCUGCAGCGGCGGUUUUUCCCGGCUGCUGGUAUUCCAUUCUUGAGGGCGCCUCGAGGAGUGGAAGCGGACGAUGCACUGGCGGAACUAGCCGAUAGGGAGAUAGCAAAGAACCGCCAUGUCACACUGCUGUCGACAGACAAGGACUUGUUUCAGCUGCUGCGCGCGUGGCCGCACCUCGAAGUGCUCGAUCCAUUUUUUAUGAAUUCGAAACAAGAAAAAUCUUGACACCAAAGACAAAGAGGGAGUAAAAUGUGAGGGUGACUGCACGGCGAGCUUAAUGAAAUUAUCCCAAUUUUUGCGAAUUCGAGUUGCACGCCGCAUCCUAGUGUGUUCUUGUAGAUCGCACCACUAAUUGCUUCCGCUAAUGCUGCGCUAGACUUCGUCACACCACACUGUGUGAAAGACAAGUACGGCGUUUUCCCGCAUCGGCUAGCGGAGUUUUUCGCGAUCAAUGGAGAUAGGUCAGACCGCAUUCCGGGGGUGAGCUCAGUGGGACCUAAACGCAUCGCGACGCUCUUCGAUCCAAAAAGCAUACCUCUCGAGUUACCAUUGAAUGAAGUUUUGGCUCGUGGGUACGUGCUCAAGUCGAACCUGCCCAAGAAAUUCGCGUAUCCAAUAUCAUGAGCCAUUUAUCCUCCUCUGUUGGCGAGUCUGCUGUGUGUUACCUAAAAGAUAGGCUGCAUAUCACACUUUGCUUGACGGACUUCAGAUUUUUCUUUCCCAUAGAACGCUCUACGAACACAAUAGGGAUAUUCUUGUGGCAGAUACGGCCAAAAUAGAGAGGAAUUACGCGCUGACGGUGCUUCCCUCUCCGCGACGGUCUGCAGAAAAUGGGGUUGGCAUUAGUUCUGACCUUGUGAGACAACUGGACGCCAUCGAUCUCUUAGAAUUAGCGUGCGAAACAGAACAGAAAAGGAAUGAAGAGCUCCGGGAAUUCGCAGGGCGGCAUGCUUUUAAACUGCAUCCCGAUAUCGAAUCGCUUUAUCGUGCGGGCAAGCAGUGGAGAAGGCUACUUUUCAGGCAGUUUGGACAACAGUACACUGGAACGCCAUCUUCACAGCACACGCGAAUGCAGACCGACGAUGGACAGAAAAAGAGUAGGCGUCAGUUAGCGGAUUUCAGCGUCACGUGACAAAUCGACUUGUAAUUAUGUCAUCAGAGAACGGGAAGCCUGGAGGCCAUACUACGUCCGCGAUGGAGGAAUGACAACGUACAAGUAUCAGUUGGAACUCUGAUAGAACCUUAGAUCGUUUCAUAAAUAGUGGGUCAACUUGAACAGAAAAGACGACGACGUUCGUUGGUCCAUUCUAUUGAAUACGAUUGUCGGCCACGGCAGCAAGAGUGGGCACCCAGUAUGAACAGGAAAUAGAAGAUCGCAGUAUGUGGAUAAAAUGAACAAAGACGUCUGCACUCCCUGUGAGAGUAUCGUGAACGGCGCGCAUAAGGAUACUAUUGGUUUGAAUGGAACUUUUUCCCUUAUAUUAUGAAACGCAGCGAAGUUUAUCGUUUAAAUACAUAAAAUGCCUAGAAGAAAUUCAUCUUCAAACGUACUGACUUACACAAGGAAAAAGAUAGUGUAACCAAAGAAGUAAAAA